AUGCCUACCGCUAUCUCGCCGACGCUGCCCAAGAAUGGCCUCACCAAGUUCACCAACUGUCGACUGCUGAAAGGCAACGACUUGGUCUGGGAGGACCUUUGGGUCAGCUCCAUUACCGGCAAAAUCAUCGAUAGUCAGGCUUCCUUCUAUGGUGGUCGCAACAUGCCAGACAAUACACUCGAUCUAGGUGGACGCAUCAUUGCUCCAGGUCUGAUCGAGUGCCAGCUCAAUGGUGCAUUUGGCUUCAACUUCUCAACCUUACUGGAUGACAUGACCGAAUAUGGCAAAAACAUCCAAAAAGUCAAUCGCCUAAUGGUCCAGACAGGGGUCACCUCAUACAUCCCGACCGUUACAAGUCAACGGCCGGAAUUAUACCAAAAGACCCUCCCAUACCUUGGUCCGUCUGGGGAACUGCGGAUCCCGAGUCACGGCGCCGAAUCUCUCGGCGCUCAUUGCGAAGGUCCGUUCUUGAAUCCUACCAAGAACGGAAUCCACGAUAUCGAUGUCCUUACCCAAGCUUACUCUAUUGAGAAUAUCGAGCAAUGCUACGGUCGCGAAAACAUGACACCUCGUCCUGACGGCUCCAAGCUGCCCAUCAAGAUGAUCACGGCGGCACCAGAACGCGGGCAGAUGAUGGACCUCAUCCCAGAGAUUACCUCCAGAGGCAUCAUCUAUUCUAUUGGCCACACCGAGGCAACAUACGAAGAGGCGACCCAGGCUGUCAGUAAGGGUGCAACAAUGAUUACGCAUCUCUUCAAUGCCAUGCGCCCUUUGCAUCACAGAAACCCAGGAGUCUUUGGUGUUCUAGGCAAGGCCGAGAGCCUACCACGGCCCUACUUUGGUAUCAUUUCGGACGGCAUUCACCUACAUCCUACCACUAUCAAGAUUGCCUAUAGCGCUCACCCUGACGGCUUCAUUCUGGUAACAGAUGCGAUGCAUCUUGUGGGUCUUCCAGAUGGAUCUUAUCCUUGGACAAAUGGAGAGUACACAUGCAAUAUUGUCAAGCAAGGUUCGAAACUGCUCCUUGAGAACUCCGACAAGAUUGCCGGAAGUACCAUCACCUUACUCGAAUGUGUCAACAACUUCAUCAAAUGGACUGGGGCUAGCAUCCCUCAAGCUCUUGGAGCUGUGACGUCUACGCCUGCAGCCAUGCUUGGUUUACAGGGGGUGAAAGGCUCGUUGGAGUCCGGGGCUGACGCAGAUCUAGUGAUUCUGUCAGACGGAUACGAAAAUGAUGGCGAAGUCAGGGGGCCAGAUGACAUUCUCGUGUUGGAGGAAGUGUGGAAGUUUGGCGAGAGAGUGUCGGGUUUUGCCGAUGAGGUGCAGUUGAAGUGA